GUACAUCGUGGAAUCAAAGGUUUGGUUCAAGGCUACGACGGGUGCGACUAUAAACCUCUUUCUGGAGUGACUGUCAAGGUCACCAAUAUUACUGACAGGGCUUACGCUGUACCGAUUCUGCAUAACAUCAGAUCAGGUUCGGAUGGAUACUACUAUCGUCUAUUGAACCCAGGUGUUUAUGCAGUCAGUUUUGAAAUGCCCGGGUACAAAACGGCCGUAGGUUGUGUCCGGAUAGAUCGUGUUCCGCAGUUUGAUGAAGACCUUCGACCGGCCAAAAUACUAAAUGCGGUUCUCUACGACAAUAAGCUAGAGGUUCCGAAGGACGAUGCGGGACGAUUAAACGCGUUGGAAACGGUUCACUCUUACGGCAAAUCACGUUGUGGUGAUUUGCUUUCGCUUCUGGAAGAUCAAAAACAUGUGAGUUUUAUGGUUGUAUUGUUGCACCUAUACCCUCGAUACGACCAUGAUGAUGAUGAUUUUUCAGUCUGGACACACACACUAGACCGGUUGCAGCCGUUCAAUAUUUCACUGAUUUAUAUCUUUCCGAUUUGA